AAUAUAAGUGUGCCCAUUUGCAUAAAAUUUUGCCGUUUUUACCCAAUUUCCUGAGGGUCAGGCGGAACACGUAAAACAAUGAAAAACGGCCUCAAGGACCCGUCAGGCGGCGGUGGCGCUGGUUAUCGUCCUGCCCAGACGGACAACAAUCUGUCCAACGUAUCCAUACACAUUGAAAGCGACGACAAUGACUCAACGACCGCGGAGCACGACUAUCUUCUGCCAGCAGCACCAUCGAUGACCUCUAUGGCAACGGGCGGCAGUGGGGCGGGUGGCAUUCCCCACAACACCAGCAUCAAUCUGGAUUCAAUUGGCGGCCACAAUCUGCCAACGGGUCGCAGCAGCAGCCUCAGCGGUGGCCCGCGACACGGCAACAUACUCUCCUCAUUCCUGGCACGGCAGCGCUCCUACACACCGGCCGCCAGCUCACCCGUCCGUGUGGCCACACAAAUGAACCGUCGCCUGCAGCAGUCCCGCAGCAUGGGUGCCAACAGCAGCCUGGAGGACCCACUGCCCAGCCCUGGCGUUGGGCCAACGCCGGGACCUGCAUCGGGCUCAUCCGCCGGCGUGCGACAACUUGGUUUCUGGCGUGUCAAUCUGAAUGAUGUCUUCUCCCUGUCCACGGCCCCAUCGACUGAGGCGCUGCGCUCCUUUAUCACACAUUCCAACUUCCGAUACCAGCCAGCGGCAUCGGCAGCAGCAGCGUCAGCAUCCGGAAACCCGCCACCAGCGUCGUCGCCCGUGGACAAUGCGCACAUUCUGCUGCAUCAGCAGCAGCCAAGUGCAGAAAUUGUGGGCACUUCUCCGCUAAGGAUCGGACGAGUGGCACACGGACUUAAUGCCACGAGCAGUGCCAGUGCCAUGAUGGGCCGCAGCAUCUCGUUGCGCGAGGGUGAAAUGCGACACAGCUCGCUGGGUGUCCGGCACAAUGCCAGCGUCAUGGAGCUGCACAGCAAUCCGUCAGCGUACGAGGAGAGCGAGGAUGAACACAAUGCGAAUUUAGAUCUGGGCGAUGGCAAUCUAACCGGUGCUGCAUUGCCUGGAGCUGGCGAUGCGGCUGCUGGCGGAAACAACAUCGUCAAUGGCCAGGCAGAGCCGCCCGAGCACCAGGGCGAGGAUGAGCAGCUUAUAUCGGACGACAUGGUCGUGCAGAUACUCAGCCAUUUCGUGCGAUAUAUGCCCCUCAUCUUUAUACUCCUCAUCAAAUUCAUACACGAUCACCUGCUGGGCAUUGUCGAUCUGCUGGUGCUGCAAACUGUCAUGUACAAUGUGAAUCGAUCGGUGCGGAAUCAGGUGUCCCGGCUGGCACAAAAGAACUACGCAUCGAUGCUGCGCGAUUGCUGUCUCAUUGGGAUAGUGGUGACGGUGCGUCUGUUUCUGGCCACAGCACCGCCGGAUCCGUUUGGCUUGAUUGUGCCGCCGCCAAGGAAAUAUUUUAGCGUAGAGACCUCCGCCCUGCCCUACAAAACGGAGCCGGGGACAAGCAGCAAAUUGGGUCCAACCAGCUCAUCCUCGGAGACGCUGAAGGCGGUCAUCACCACGGAGACGUAUGAUGCCGUGAAUGUCAUACCACUGGGCAUGCUGCUGUACUACAUAGCGGUCAGUGAUCUCAUAAUCAAGCUGCUCACGAUGCUCAUCAAACUGGCCAUAACCAUGCUGCCCAAUCAUGUGAUGCGCUUCAAAGUGAGGGCUCGUCUCUAUGUCCUGGUGGAAUACAUAUCGCAGUUCUAUCGUGCCCUGCAGCCCAUCACACAGUGGUUCAUGUUCCUCUACGAGUCCUAUUCGGGCCUUGAGGUGGUCUCGGGCGGCCUCUUCUCCGCCUUGUACCUGGGCGCAAAGAUAUUUGAGCUGGUGGAGCGUGCCAAGUCGUUGCACAAAGCGGUGGUUACCUUCAGACGGAAUAUUGAUUCUGAGCGUCCGCCCACUAAGGAGGAACUGGAUGCAGCGGGCGUAGUGUGCCCCAUCUGUCAUGAUACAUUCAAUUCGCCCAUUAUCCUCGAGUGUGGGCAUAUUUUCUGUGAUGAGUGCGUUCAGACGUGGUUCAAGCGCGAGCAAACGUGCCCCAUGUGCCGGGCCAAGGUUAGCGAUGAUCCCGCCUGGCAGGACGGCAGCACCACAUUCUUCCAUCAGCUGUACUAGGCCGUGCAAGGCCCCCAAAGAAAUGUUUUCUACCUAUUUCACGUGUAUAUAAAUAGUCUCCGAGCUAGCAUUUGUUUAUUAAACGGACAGUUAUUAAUUAAUA